ACUCCUGAAGAGCAAGCAGCCUGCCUUUCUCUGCAGAGUUUUGCCUCUGUUCAUCUUGUUUGCCUUCCCAGAUCUUCUCCAGGGAUCUCAUCUGCACUUGCUCCCUCCACACUUUGGAUUACUUUCCACGAUGCAAGGAUUUCUCUGCUUCUGCCUCGCCUUGAGCGCCUGGGGUUUGGCAAGAGGUGCGGAGGAGGACUUUAUAAACAUUUUGCCACAAAACCCAGUGGUGGAAUUUAAUGGCUUUGUUGUACUGAACUGUAGUUCCAGCUGUAAGAACAUUAAUCUUGAGACAUCUUUAAAGUGGGUUGAGGCUGGAACUGGGACCAACUGGAAAGCUUUCAACCUCACCAAAGUUGACCAGUGGACUGCCACCCCGUUGUGCUUGGCUCGCUGUGACGCAGGAAGAAAGGUUCUCCGUGCCAACUUCACAGUUUACCGAGCUCCAGAGCAUGUAGUUCUGAACCCAGUGCCAAAGAUGGAGAUUGGAAAGAAGCACACGUUGAUAUGCCAUGUUCAUCGUGUGGCCCCACUCAAGAACCUCACGGUGACCCUGUUCAAAGGAGGGAAAAAAAUCCUGGUGAAGACAUUUGAGAGUUCGACUGCCACUGAAGACGAAAAUGUUACGGUGUCCCAUAACAUCACUGUGCAGAAGGAAGACCACGGGGAGGAAAUCACCUGCCAGGCUGCUCUGGAUCUGAGACCAGACGGACCACUCUUUGAACAGGCCUCUCACACUGAAUCACUGAACCCUGUUGAUUUCCCCAUGGAUCCCCAUCUCACAACCCCAUCAAUUGUAGAGACCGAUACUGAGAUAACAGUGACCUGUGAUGUAUCUGGAGUUUUCCCAGCCAAAGAGGCCAAGUUUGAGCUAUCCUAUGGAGGAAAGAGAGCUCCAAAGCAUGUAGUUCUGAACCCAGUUCCAAAGAUGGAGAUUGGGAAGGAGUACAUGUUUAUAUGCCAAGUUUCUGAUGUGGCCCCCCUCAAGUACCUCACGGUGACCCUGUUCAAAGGAGGGAAAAAACUUCUGGUGAAGACAUUUGAGGAUUCGACUGCCACUGAAGCCCAAGAUGUUGUCGUGCUCCAUGUUGUCAGUGUGCAGAAGGAAGACCAUGGGGAGGAAGUCACCUGCCAGGCUGUUCUAGAUCUGAGACCAGACGGACCACUCUUUGAACUAGCCUCUCACACUGAAUUGCUGGACCUUGUUGAUUUCCCCAUGGAUCCCCAUCUCACAACCCCAUUGAUUGUAGAGACCGAUACUGAGAUAACUGUGACCUGUGAUGUAUCUGGAGUUUUUCCAGCCAAAGAGGUCAAGUUUGAGCUAUCCUAUGGAGGAAAGAGUCUGAGCCCUGAGGUCAGUGUAUCAGGAGAUAGUGCCAGUGCCCGGGGUCAAGUGUCCUUCUCAUCAGAAGGAACUCACAGUUUGACUUGCACAGUCUCUCUGGGACCAGUGAAGAGAACAGUAGAGGGAUCUGUGAAUGUAUACAGUUUACCUGCGCCUGUCCUGCGCCUUGUCCCUUCAGAAGUUGCUGCUGGUUCCACAGUGAUGGUCAACUGUACCUCUAAUGGUCCCGUGUCCCCAGGGGUUGUCAUGUGGCUUAGGGAUAACAAAGAAACCUUACUUUCCAGAGACUCUGACAACCUUUUAGUGCUGCAUGAACUGAAAACACAUGAAGAGGAUGAUGGGAGGAAAUUUGUGUGUGAAGUGCAGCGGAUGGUUGAUGGGCAGCGUGUUGUGAAACACAUCACUAAAAGUCUCAGCGUCUUCUAUGGUCCCAGGAUAAAUGCUUCUUCCUGCCCUAAUACAUUAACCUGGAAAGAGGGUGACAUGGAAACGUUGAACUGUUCAGCCUACGGAAACCCACCACCAAGUGUUGAAUGCAAGAAAGAUGGCACAUCUUAUAGUAUUGGGAUACCAAUAUCUGUCACCAGAGAACAUGAUGGCAUGGUUCGCUGCAAUGCCACUAAUCCAUAUGAUUUUGAUGAGAAAGUUGUGACCAUAGUUGUUGAAUGUAAGUUAAAUUCCUUACUCUAA